UUAACAAAACUAAGAACAUGUAUUUUUAUUUAUUUUGUUCUAAUAUCAUUAACAAUAUUCAACCUCUCACUCUCACUUACACUCGUUCACCAACCUCAGAAAACUCCAGUUUCCACUAUGAUCAACAUCAAACUCCUUCUCAUCAUCUUCUUCUUCUUCACGUCAUCCAACGCUCAAUACAUGAAAGAAUCAAUCAAUCUUAAUCCACUGAUUAGGGUGUUCGGUGAUGGUGGCCGCAUAAUCGAUAUCACCCACCGUAUCACCCCAUCUAUGCCCGAUUUCAUUGCUCGUAUUGAUGGUUUGGGUCAGUUCAUUUGGCUUGUUCAAACCAUGAGAAAUGGCUCAAUAGCUAACUUCUCUAAUAUGAAACUUCCCACUCAUACUGGGACCCAUGUUGAUGCUCCUGGUCAUUUCUUUAACCAUUAUUUGGAUGCUGGUUUUGAUGUUGAUACUCUUGAUCUUGAUGUUCUUAAUGGUCCUGCACUGGUGGUUGAUGUACCGAGGGAUAGCAACAUAACUGCGGAUGUGAUGAAGUCUCUAAAAAUUCCAAAAGGAGUUCGUCGUGUGCUUUUCAGAACCCUAAAUACAGACAGGGGCCUUAUGUUCCAGAAGGAGUUCGAUACAAGUUACGUGGCUUUCAUGGCAGAUGGGGCAAAAUGGUUGGUAGAAAAUACUGACAUCAAGCUUGUUGGUGUUGACUACUUAUCUGCUGCUGCUUUCGAUCAUCUAGCUCCUUCUCAUCUUGUUUUCCUUGAAAGUAGAGAAAUUAUACUUGUGGAAGGUCUAAAGUUGGAUGGUGUUCCGGUAGGAAUGUAUGAUGUUCGUUGUUUGCCCCUAAGGAUGUUGGGUGCUGAGGGAUCCCCUAUAAGAUGCAUUCUCCUAAAAUGAAACUCCCAUGGAUAGACAACUUUCUGCGUUCUGGCUAUGUAAGGCAUUUGCCUACAUCAAGACUCGAAAUUGUAUAAUAGCAACACAGGCUACUACCAGUGAAGGACUUAUAUAUUAUGGAAAGAUUACCAUAUCAAAGAAGGGAAAAGGCUCCUCUUGUGUAAGAUUGUAACCCCUUUACAACAUUUCGUUACAGCAUUUUAUUUUCCAAUAUCAUUACGUGACUUCCAUCUAGAAAAAAUGUCGAUUGAAUGUACGCUACUUCCCUUUUCAAGAGUUUUUCUUUUCUAAGACAGCAUUGUAUUGUACAUAUAAUACCAUAUAAGGGUUGGAUACUUUUUCCAAACACUAUUACUUGCAGUCGGUAUAUGUACCAAAAAACCAUAUUGGAUUUUUGUACAAUAAAAAUGUGAACUAGCCACCAUAUUGUAAAUAUACGAUAUUGGUUGUGGUUGCGG